CUGUGAUUGGUUUAAAAAAAAAGAAAACUUACAUAGCCAAUCAAAUCAGUGACGAUAUCUGUUCAGCGCUUAUAUAAUUACAUAUACACAUGUAUUUGGACUUAUUGUUGAUAAAACGGUUAAUCUCUGUGCUAAAGAAUAAACAAAUGGAUAUCGAAAUAAAGAUAAUACUUCUGUUGUCUACAUGUGUAUUGCUUGUAAACACAUGUGGCCGAGGUGGGAGACAUUCUGUUGGAGCGAGAGUACAUGGUAACCAGCAUAGACAAACGUUUCAUGGAAGGUACGACUACAUGGAGAAAACUUGGGGUGGUCAUGUUGGCGGAAGUGUUGAUAAUAGAGGAAACUGGAGAGUUGAGGCCGGUGUGAAAAUACCAGUAGGCAAGAGAAGUGUUCAAUCGCAUGAAAACAGGUACAAUGUGACUCUCAAUGUAGAUCCGUGCUUUUUCGUCAUUUACGACCUCGACAAAAACGGAGAGUUUAGUAAAGAUGAACUACAGACAAUCUUUGGAAAGGACGAGAAAGCCAAUGCUUUGUUUGCAGACCUUGAUACAGAUCCAAGUGAUGGAGUAAUAACGGAGGAAGAAUUCAUGACGAUGGCACCGCUAAUGAUAUCAAGUUGUUUUCACAUGGAGAAUUGAAAGUCCAAAUAAAUGAAAAACGUGUCAUGUAUUUGCCAGUUUAGUUUAUAUUAAUGAACUAAAUAAAAACGCUCUAAAUUCUU